AUGAAUAAUAAAAACAAUAAUAAUUUUGUUGAUAUUUUAAAUAAGGAAAAUCAAUUUUUAAGAAAUAAAAACCAAACAUUAAAUGAUCAAAACACAUCGCUAUAUAAGAUAAUUCACGAUAUGAAAGAGUUGAUGAUUAAAUUUAAUAAUUUCCCAAAGGUAAUCAAAUAUUAUGAAAAUGAGCUAAAAGAAAAAAAUAAUGAAAUUGUAGAUAUAAAAAAGAAAUCAGAUGAAGAAUUUAAUGCAUUAAACAACUCUAUUAAUAAACAAAUAGAAUAUGAUAAUAUUGAAAAAAAGAACAAGGAAGAUAUUAUAGAAGGUUUAAAGAAAACAGUUCAAGAAAUUGAAAAUCAAAAAUAUAUAGAUUCAAAUGAAUAUGAAAAUCAAUUAAUAGAUUUAAAAUCUAAAAUCAAAAUUUUUUUAGAAAAAGAAAAAGAAUAUAUAAAAAUAGAAUCAGAUUUAAAAUCAGAAAAGGAAUGGAUCAUUAAUACUAAAAACAAUGAAAUCCUAAUUGCCCAAAAUUCUAAAAAAGAUAUCGAAAAACAAUUAAAUGAAAUUACAAGAGAGAAUGAAAUGUUAAAAAAACAAAUUUUAAAUUAUCAACAAACAAUAAAAAAUACACAACAACAAAUACAACAACGCCCAACUGGUAAUAUUUCAUAUUUAAAUAUUUCGCCAUCCUCCUCUACCUCGUCAACCAAUGAUGAGUAUCAAUCGAAAUCCAACAUCCCAGCAAAUAAUACAUCGUCCACUUCCUCAAACCAUCUAUCUCUACCCAAUAAUAAAAAAUCAAUUUCAAUUACUAGAAAAUCAAAUUGGUAA